AUGUUUAUUCGAAUUGGUGCUCAAUAUGGUUUAAUAGAUGCUCAGGAGUUGUUACGAAGUCGUCAAACUGUUGCUCGUACAGUUAAUGAAUUAGCACUUAAAUAUCGUACAGAUCUAAAAGAUCAGUUAGUUGAACCAUUAAAAUCAAAAUCGGUUACGAUUUGUCCAGAUUUUUGGUCAAACAAAUAUACUCAACAAGCAUUUUUAGGGGUUAAUAUUACAUUUGUUAAUAUUGAGCAUGAGUUUAAAUCUGUUGAUCUACUUUGUAUUCCAUUUAAUGGAGUUAAAUCCUAUGAUAUGAUUCUUGCAGUACUUAGACAACAUUUAUCGGAAUUUGGAAUCACUGAUUUAUCAGACUUGAAUAUAAUCACAGAUAAAGGUGCUAAUUUCAUUAAAGCAUUUGCUAUGUACGAUCCAAUUUACUGUUUCGGACAUACAUUGAACAAUAUCUUAAAAAUUUGCUUCUUUCAACAGAAAAAAAAAGAAAAAAGUCAACGUGAUGAAUCUUCAAUAGGUAAUACACUAUCAACAAUAAUGCCAAAAGAAAAUAGUACUCCUGUUGUUUUAGAUGAAAAUACAUCAAGUGCUAGUGAAUCGGAGUUAUCCGAUUUCGAAGAAAAUCAAGAAUUAUAUUUUUUGAAUGAAAAUACACUAGUUAAAUUUCAAAAAAAGAAUCGGACAACAACAAUAACACAAAAAAUGUCAGUAAAUGACAUACCAAGUGAAGCAAAAAAAAUAUUAACAUUAAUAAAACAAACUAAAGAUUUGAGCGGUCUUAAUCAAGAAAUCAAAGCUGCUGGUGGUACAACACUUCAUCAAGCAUGCAUUCAAUACAACAAAGAUAAUAAUAACCAUGAUGACGAUGAAAAUUUAGAUUUUAUAAAUGAUUACGAUUUGGAACACGAAUUGCCCGGGAUAACAUGGUUUCGUCAACGAUUGCUAUUGUUAUUAAAAGAAAUGUUUAUCCUCGAUAUUCGUCAUGUGGUGGCAACGUUGCUACAUCCCCGAUAUAGAUCAUUAAAAAGAUUUCCUGAUCACAUCAAAAAUCAAUGUCACACGUAUGUACGUAAAAAAAUUAGACAAUUACGUGAUAAAGCUGAAAUGGAAAUAGAAUUACAACCAAAAUUAUCUGAACCAACAGCAAAAAAGUUUAAGAAUGGCAACAAUUUAUUUAGCCGAUUCGAAUCGGAAAAUUUUGAUGAAGAUUCAAAAAAUGUUAAUGGAAGCGAUUCCGGCAGUGAUGAAUUUGAAUAUAAUAUCAAGAAAGGUGAUGAACUUGAUCGAUACUUAUUAUUUAAAUUUGAGAAAAACAAAGAGACAAUUGAACCUUUAUAUUUCUGGAAAAUUUAUCGAAGUGAAUUUCCAUUUCUUUCUCAAUAUGCUCGAUCUGUUUUAUCCAUUCCAGCUACAACAACAAAUGUUGAAAGAGAAUUUUCAACAGCAGGCUGGAUAUUAAAUGAACGAAGAACAAAUUUAAAGCCAGAGGAAGUCGAUAAAAUUUUGUUUGUACGAUCGAUGGAAAAACAAUAA